AUGCAAUUGCCAUGGCGCGGGCAGAACAGCGAAGGCCUUCUGCCAGUUGCGGAGACUGCGGCCUUCUUGAAACCUAACUUCGAGCCAUCGGACAAGGAGCAUUGGAAGCAUAUUAGGCCCCCUUCACGACUGGCGCGGACGACACCGGCACAGUCUAGAGGUGUUGCCGACCAGUUCUCUUACACUACCCCCGGAGAGGUAGCUUCUCGAUUAAGCACUUCCCUAACCCACGGCCUAUCAGAGGUUGAAGCUCUCAAGCGGCUCAGCGAUUAUGGACCGAACGAGAUACCGCACGAAGACCCCGAGCCCAUCUGGCUAAGAUUUCUGGGCCAGUUUAAAGAGCCCCUCAUCCUGUUACUGCUAGCAUCAGCUGCCGCGUCGAUACUGGUAGGAAAUAUGGACGAUGCGCUGAGCAUUACAGUCGCAGUUACUAUUGUGGUCGCGGUCGGGUUUGCGCAAGAAUACCGGUCUGAGAAAUCCAUCGAAGCCCUGAACCAUCUCGUCCCAAACCAUGCGCACCUUGUGCGCGCAACUCCAAACCCGCCUACAUUUAGUCGCUCCGCGGCCUGGCCGCCAGCUCUAGGGGAGACGUUAGACGGAAUUAACUCGCCCGGUACCAGCACUCCGGGAGAAGAAGCAUUGGAAGCGGCAUCGAGUAAAGUGAUGGCAUCUCAGCUUGUGCCCGGCGAUCUAGUUUUAUUCACGACUGGCGACCGUAUCCCAGCCGACAUCCGUGUGACCAAGGCCGUCGACUUGACGAUCGAUGCGUCGAACCUCACUGGUGAGAACGAACCAGUGAGGGUCACUGCUGAUACCAAAGCGCGGGCUCCCCAUAUGCCCGUCUCGAUGAAUGGUCAUCUGUCCCCUAACUCCGGUGCGCGAACACCGGUCGGAGACGAUGUUGUUCACAACAUCGCUUAUAUGGGUACUUUGGUCAGAUCUGGUCAUGGACAAGGUAUUGUCUUCGCGACCGGCGGCAAUACUCACUUUGGUACCAUUGCAACAAGCGUGUCGGGAACGGAAAGUCCAAGGUCACCACUCCAACUGUCCAUGGACACUCUGGGCUCGCAAUUGAGCAAGUUCUCCUUCGUAAUUAUCGGCCUUAUUUCUCUGGUGGGCUGGCUACAGGGGAAAAAUCUGCUGGACAUCUUCACAAUCUCCGUUUCACUGGCUGUAGCGGCUAUUCCCGAAGGGACUUUGACGACGAACCAUAUGACGACGGCCAAGAUGUGGUACUUUGGAUCCGAUAGCGCUUUCGAUGUGGACUCUGACGAUGAGGCGACGGAAAGACGACCAGAUGCGGCUACAUUGCGAAUAUUACGUAUCGGAAACAUUGCCAAUAAUGGGCGCCUAGGACGACAGUAUGCCGACGACAGCACAUCUGCGACCAGAGCAAGGGCGGUGCUCUCAUCCACCCAAAGUCGCUAUGGUCAGGCGUGGACGAGAUGGGUCGGGCAACCUACUGAUGUUGCGAUGCUCGAUCUUUUGGACAGGUUCAAGGAGCACGAUGUCCGAGACUCGAUCGGACCUCGAAUCAGCGACACGCCUUUCAGCUCUGAGCGCAAAUGGAUGGGCGUAACAGUUGCAUCGGACAAGGGAGAUCGAGAACUUGCUUACAUGAAGGGAGCCAUCGACAAAAUUCUCGAUGCCUGUGAUACGUAUGUUACUGGGGACGGUCGCGAAAUAGUCCUUGAUCGGGCUCGGAAGCAAGAGGCGCUAGAGGCUGCGGAUGCAAUGGCAUCCCAGGGGCUUCGUGUCCUGGCGUUCGCCAGCGGUCUUGUUUCGAAACCCUCGAAGGGCAGGACGGCACUAUCAUCCAAUCCUCGCACUACCCCGCCUAGCACUGACGGUGGGAAUAGUCCCCUGCCCCGCUACACUGAAGAGACUUUCCGGGGCUUGACGUUUGCAGGUCUUGUCGGCAUGCGCGACCCACCACGCCCGGGCGUGAGUCGCUCAAUUCGAAGGUUAAUGCGUGGAGGAGUCAGGGUGAUUAUGAUCACUGGUGAUGCUGAGGCAACAGCAGUGGCGAUUGGCAGACAGCUGGGCAUGAACAUCGCAGUGGCCAACGAGCGAGGAGUACCGGGUCAAUCGACGGUCCGGCCGGUCCUGACGGGUGACGAGGUCGACGCCAUGUCUGAGCAGGAUCUCGCGCUCGCCAUGAGCCACACAACAAUUUUUGCGCGAACCAACCCCGACCACAAGCUAAAGAUCAUCCGCGCCCUGCAAUCGAGAGGCGAUAUCGUGGCCAUGACCGGAGAUGGCGUGAAUGAUGCGCCGGCUCUCAAGAAGGCCGAUAUUGGCAUCUCGAUGGGCCUCAAUGGAACCGACGUUGCCAAGGAAGCUGCCGAUAUGAUAUUGACGGACGAUGACUUCUCGACUAUUCUCCACGCCAUCGAAGAAGGCAAGGGCAUAUUCAACAACAUCCAAAAUUUCCUGACAUUCCAACUCAGCACCAGCGCGGCAAGUCUGUCUUUAGUGCUGGUUUGCACUUGCCUUGGGUUCAAGAAUCCGUUGAAUGCCAUGCAGAUUCUCUGGAUUAAUAUCAUUAUGGAUGGCCCUCCAGCGCAGUCCCUCGGUGUUGAGGCUGUCGACAAAGAUGUCAUGAAUAAGCCACCCCGAAGACGUGGAGACCCAGUCUUGACCCAAGCACUGAUUAGGCGUGUACUCACGUCAGCAGCCAUCAUCAUGCUAGGCACGAUGAUGGUUUACAGCAGAAUGCUCGUGGAUGGCGAAGUGUCACGGAGAGACACAACGAUGACGUUUACAUGUUUCGUCCUCUUCGACAUGUUCAACGCGCUUGCUUGCAGAUCCGAAUCGAAAUCCAUCCUGCAGGGCGAGAUUGGUCUGUUCUCCAACUCGCUCUUCAACUGGGCCGUGUCGCUCAGUCUUGCCGGCCAGCUACUGGUCAUCUACUUGCCAUGGCUCCAGGAGGUUUUCCAGACGGAGGCGCUGGGCCUCUACGAUCUCGUGAGCCUGGUGAUACUCUGCAGCACUGUAUUUUGGGCCGACGAGGCGAGGAAGUAUUGGAUGUACGGCAGGAAAAAGCGGCUCGGCAACGGGUAUAGCCAAGCUGUAUGA